UGUAAGUUAUCCGCUGUUCCUAUCAUGAAAUGCCUCCGAGACUUAAGGCUUUACUAUUAUCAUUAUUAUUUUUUAAUCUCUCUCUGAUGUAGGAUUUAACUGUUUAAGUUUUUUUAAGUACGACUCAAGUUUGGGAGCAGGUAAAUGGGAAAUGUGGCAGUUAGGACCGUCCUUUGAAGUCUUUUCCCUUUUCGUCGCUGGAUUGAUCGUGUAAUUGAGAGAGUGUAGCUUGAAAAGCCUCAUGCUUUCACCGGGUCAAGAGGAGCACUGUGCGCCCACCAAAGAGCCAGUAAAGUACGGCGAACUGGUGGUUUUGGGGUACAAUGGUUCACUCCCCAAUGGAGACAGAGGGCGAAGGAAAAGCCGGUUUGCCCUUUACAAAAGAGCCAAAGCCAACGGUGUCAAACCCAGCACUGUACACAUCCUUAACACGCCACAAGCCAGCAAGGCGGUGAACUGUAAGGGCCAGCACAGCAUCUCCUACACGCUGUCCAGAAACCAGACGGUGGUGGUGGAGUACAGCCAUGACAAAGACACAGACAUGUUCCAGAUUGGACGAUCAACGGAAGGCCCUAUUGACUUUGUGGUGACUGACACUGUGUCAGGCGGAGGAGGGGAGAGUGAGGACACGCUCAUCACUCAAAGCACCAUCUCCCGCUUUGCCUGCCGGGUGGUGUGUGAACGUAACCCGCCCUACACAGCGCGUAUCUACGCUGCAGGCUUUGAUUCUUCCAAGAAUAUAUUUCUCGGAGAGAAAGCAGCCAAAUGGAAGAAUCCAGAUGGUCACAUGGACGGGCUGACAACCAAUGGUGUGCUAGUCAUGCACCCGCGGGGCGGGUUCACAGAGGAGUCCAAGCCUGGUGUGUGGAGGGAGAUAUCAGUGUGUGGAGAUGUUUACACACUGAGAGAAACACGGUCUGCUCAAACUCGAGGCAAACUGGUGGAGAGUGAGAGUAACGUACUCCAAGAUGGCUCUCUGGUUGACCUGUGCGGAGCCACACUACUCUGGCGCACAGCUGACGGCCUUUUCCACACCCCCACUCAGAAGCACCUGGAGGCCUUGCGGCAAGAGCUGAACGCAGCCCGGCCUCAGUGCCCCGUGGGCCUCAACACCCUGGCCUUUCCCAGCAUGCAACGCUGCAGUCGUGCCCUGGCAAGUGUCCCCACCCAAGAGGACAAGCAGCCCUGGGUCUACCUUGCCUGUGGCCACGUUCAUGGCUACCACGACUGGGGCCACCGUUCUGAACGAGACCCCAAUGCUCAAAGAGAGUGUCCCAUGUGCAGAACCGUGGGCCCCUACGUGCCACUCUGGCUUGGCUGCGAACCAGCCUUUUACGUAGAUACCGGUGCACCAACGCAUGCCUUUGUACCUUGCGGCCACGUGUGCUCUGAAAAAUCAGCCCGCUAUUGGGCGGAGAUUCCUUUACCGCAUGGCACCCACGCUUUCCAUGCCGCCUGCCCCUUCUGCACUACCCAACUCAAUCUGGCGCAAAAGUGGGCUAAGCUCAUCUUUCAGGGGCCUAUAGACUGAGAGUGUAGAGGAGGUGGACAGUGGAUUAUUGCGUAAUUGGAAUCCAGUAUGCUGAAGGACAAUUCGUAGAAGAUGCGACUAAGGACCGAUUCAUACCGCAAGCUGUGAAAUUGCCCUUGAAAUGCUUAUGCUGGAGAGCAGGUUCUUGCUCAUGACUGUGGUAAUAGUUGGCGAAUGACAGGUGUCUGUCAUGAUUUCCUUUAGUUAUUUUGUCUACCGGCCUACAAGAUGUCAGUUCACACCAGCAUGAGCACAUCACUCAGGAGAUUUAAUACAUUUCUACACCUGGCUUUAGACUCAAGAUGCUUUUUGUUCUUUCUUGGUGAUCAACCUUCCUGUGGAGUUUUGUUGCUUUAAUAAUCCUUCCGGUGAUUUCCAAAGAACUUGAUUAUCUUCUAGUGUGUCGAGUUGGAACUAAACUGUGCAGGAUGGUCAGAGCCCCAGGACCAGGACUGAACAUCCAUUAUUUUAAGUAGUUCAAUGUGUGGGCACUCCCAAAGGUCAGGAUCCCAAACUCCACUGAGGGCUUCUACAAGGAUCCACCUGUUGGAGCAGUGAUUUGGGAACUGCAGUACUAAAAUGGUUCUUUCCAAAGAAUUAAAAAAUGGUGAUUCUGUUGAGUUUUAUUACAUGAAGAGCUAGCAACAUAACACUCCUAAAAGAUCCUGCAGGAAUAAUAACCAGCCACAGCGGAAGCUUCAUUUUCAAAUGGAUCGUGCAUUAUGGAAUUACAGUGAUUUGUCAUUUUAGCCUAGUUCUCGGUUCAUAAAGGUAUUCGGAAACUAACACAUGCUGUUUUUCUUUCUAAAAGGUUAAAGAUUUUAAGCUUUGAUGUAAAGGUAUUUUUAUUCAUACUGGGGUAACCAGUAAGAAGAUUAACAAUGGAUAUUGCCAAAUAUUUCUGGAACUGGUUAUAGAGUUAGUAACUAAAGUAGUUCCUGCUGUUAUCUUGAAAACUGUGUCCCAAAUAUUUUGGUACUGCUUAUUACUUGCCACUUGUUCAUUUUCCACAUGUUGAUAGUGGUAUAUAAACACAGUAGAAAAUUGUGGACUAUUCUGCAGUCAUCAUCUAGACAAAUGUAGAAAAGAAUGAGAAUGAAAACCACGAUAGUGGAGGUUUAUGGCGUAAAGGAGAGCUAGGAAGCAGUGAUUGCUUGGUAACAAUUAAUCAUUGGUCAAAAUUCUUCCGAUUUCAACUGUUUUAUAAGCUUAUGAGAUUAAAACGACUUUUAUUCCACUAUUUUCCUAAAAUGUAUACAGAGAUGGUUUCUAAUGUCUAAAGACAGUUUUAUAGGGCAGUGAAGAAGAUAUUUUGGACAUACUGAAGGGGUAUUUUUAUAAACAGUUGCAUUUACAGAGCCUUUUUACUCACUGAAAAGUAUUUUACUACACAAUAGCCCAUGUACAGUUAGUUUUAAAACAGAUACUAAUAUAUUUAUUCAAAUAUGUAUUUUAGGUUAGGGUUAGGGUUAUCAAAUGUUCAUCACUCAUUUAUAAGUGCAUGCUGCAUCUGGAGACUUAACCUGUGAACAGUCAGUAGUCAUGUAUCUUUUAUUGACGCUCAAGCCUUAGAUCCAGCUUCUGAUUAUGCUUGUGUUUGCAAAAUAACCCAAUGUUCCUCCUAUACUCCAUGUUAAUUUCAGACCCAAUAUGAAAUGUAACGCUGUAAAAUGUCACAUUGGUUUUCAUUUGUUAAUGAAUUAAUUGAAUGUUCUGUUCUCUUUUUACUUUUUUGUUUUGAUAUACAAGUGGUGUAAACACCUUUGUGUGGUUA